CAAGAGACAAUUUGCUCUUAGUGGGUACCUCUGUAAUCGCAUUGAUAACCGAUAAGAUAUCAAACACAUUUCAUCUACUAAGCGAGUCUUUGUUGUGUGUGAUCGAGCACUUGAUUUUAUAUGUGUAUACUACUACAUUUAUGCAAAACUUCUGUAAAACUGUAAAAAGUUCUUGCAAUUUCAGAAGUGAGCAAAAGUAUUGAAAAUGUUUGGCCGAAAGAAAGACAAGGAGAAUAAAAAAAACACAGGUGUCGUGAUUCUUUGAAGACCAUUUAAAUACAUAUGAAACAAGCAGAAUCCAUAUAUCAAGGAAAACUAAAAAAAUAAUAAUUAAAUAGUAAUAAAAAAUUAUUCAAUGCAGUGAAGUUUAUCCUCAAUUAAAUUACAGAUCCCGAAUAACAAGUAUGAAUACUUAGACAACGUUGUUGCACCUAGAUUACUGACAAUCUUGAUUCGCCCGCGAAUGGUGCAACAUCUACAACGACGACGACGACUAUUCAGCAUCAUACAAAUGGAUAUUCUAUAUCAAGAUCACCAUACAGAUGCUCUUCCUUUUGCAACACAAACCACACCGAGCGUAUUAACUUCGUAUGGUGCAAACAGACCUACGGUAUACAGAAGUCCCCUGAAUACCUACCAAAGUCGCCCCUUUCGGUCGACAGAGCCCAUGUUGCGGAAUGUCCCAGUUAGUCAGGAACCCAUACGCACGACAAAUUCAAUUCAAGCUGCAUCUGUUGCCUCAAACCAUAGUAUAUUACCGACCUAUGUGCAUACUACUGUAAACUUAGGAAAAGCGCUGUUAAUCAACAACAUACUAUUUAAGGAUCGCAACAAGGAAAGACAAGGUGCCAAGAAAGACUCUCAGGAUCUGGAUAAAGUAUUGAAGAAAUUAGGGUUUGAAGUGGAACACAAAGAUAACUUAUCAGGAAAGGACAUGUUGAAACGUGUAAAACAAUUUAGUCAAUCCAACUUCAAUCGCCAUUCUAUAUCACUGGUGGUGAUUAUGAGUCACGGCAAUAAUUUGAUGCAGAGUGGUAAUGAAGUAAAGGCUGUCCCAGGAGGAUUUACUCAAAUAUCUGGCGUGGAUAAUACGCAAGUUGCAACGGAUACUAUUGUCAACCAGUUUACUUUGGAAAACUGCCACUCUAGUUUAAAAGGAAAACCAAAAAUAUUUAUUUUCCAGUGCUGCAGAGGCGACAAAAGUUUACUUGUCUGUCAUGAUGCCGCUCCUAUCAAAGCUCAAACUAAACUAUAUGCGGACGUUCUGAUUGCCUUUUCGACCUUGCCAGGAUAUACAUCGAGCCGAAAUCCAGAAACCGGCACUUGGUACAUCCAAAGCCUUUGCGACGUAAUUGAAAGACAUCAGCGAGAAUUUCACAUCGAAGAAAUGCUGAAACUGGUGGACGAUCAACUGAAUAACAAGCAUCCACUUUACGCCCAAACUUCUACCUAUGAGUCUAGAGGAUUCAAACGGUGUUUUUUGUAUAAGAAUAGUUAAAACUAGUAGAUAAUUGAUAAAUUUACUUUUUUUAUAAUGCAAGUUUGAGAAUUUUAAAAAGUUAUGUUUUUAUAAGAUAUUUUACAUCGCUGAAAGCAUUUAGAGACAUAUUAUUACUACUAUUGAUCACGUAAUUUUUUCUUACUGUAUUUCCAAUUUUAAUAUAAACAAUAUGGCUGGAUUAUUUAUCUCGAUAUCACAAUAUAUUCCUUUUCUUUAAAUA